AUGACUGGGCUGUUUUUGUUGGUUGUCUUUGCUGAUCAAUAUUUGGGGAAUUUAACCGACUGAUUUUGCCGAUUGCCGAAAAAUCCAUCUGUUUAUCCACAGUUAUCACUAUUUUUUAGCUGCAGCUGUAUUUAGUCGAAUAUGGUCAGAUACAGUUCAAGAUUAAGGGUGCGACGAAUCUACAAGUGGGUUGGCACACCAACAAGCUUCAAUAGCAAGUUGAACACCUAUGAAUAUAAAUCCUUGAAAAUCAGCACAGACGGUCUUCCGAAGACCACUAUGAUAACUGUUGGUCAACAUAUUCUUAUAGAGGGAGAUGACGAUGACAACCCUCUUGUGGCUAAAGUUAUCAAGUUGUUUGGGGAUGAGAUUGGACAGAGGAAGAAAGCAGUGAUUCAGUGGUUUGUUCAGAGGUCAGAGGUGCCCCCAAACAAGCUGAAAUUGCUAGGAAGAGCACUACACCCACAGGAAAUCUUCUACUAUGAAGGACGCUCCUGUAAUGAUGAAAUCAACGUUGAUUCUAUUAUUAGCACUGUACAGGUCAAGCACCUUCCAGAAGUAGCACCAUUUCCCAAGUGUGACAGCAAAGACACACUGUAUGUGAAGCUCUCCUGGGACACAAAGACAUUUAAGGCUCUAGACCUUUCCAAAAUGGAGGGCAGUGCUGACCCAGCCCAUACUUCCCCACCUCCUCAUUCCAAACCUGCCCUCCCUCCUUCAACUCCUUGCUCCCCUCAUGCGGUGGCUCCGACAUCCAACGUCUCCUCCAGACGUGCUUUACCCACCCCAGAUCUCGCAGUCAUGCGUAGAGCCACAUCUGUGGCCCACUGCCAUGGUACCAAUAGCGCAGGCAAGAUGACCAUCACUGAGGUAGAGUCCAUGCAUACAGCUUCCAAGCUGUCUGCCUCAAAAUGCCUGAACGUAAAGAGGAGGGUCAACACCACCAAGACACCAAAUGCAUGCAAGAAGCUGGAACUUGGCAGUCCAAAGAAGAAAAUGACCCGUGAAGAUGUUCUAAGCAUGCUGCUAGAUGAGGAUCGGGAGUCUAUGGCAAUGCAAGGCCAAAGACUAUUCUCUUCCCGAUCAAAGACUCUUUCCCAGUCUUUCAGUCUGACCCCCUUGAAGACAGUCCGUAGGUCUGCUGCCACCCUGAAGUCACCAUCAUUGUCACCAACUGAACAGGAAUCCAUCGGAAUUACCACGCCAUCCCGAAGGAGAGACUCGCCAAAAGCCAUCAAGGAACCUUCCCUCGGGGCUCUCCCAGAAAUGGCAAAUGAGACCUCUCCCAUGCUACCAGCCGCCAUGACACCGAGGAGCUCCAAGCGGAAGUCUGCUAAGCUGGUGUCCUCACAUAUCAGGGCGCAACUAAAUCUUUUGGGGAACCAUCGAGACUUGAGUUCAGACAGUGAAGACGGGAAUGACUUCAUCCCAUCUAAGAAGGACCUACAUAGCUGCAGUGAGGAUGAAGAGGACGUGGACAGUGAUGAUGAAGUAGUUGUGAAAAGGCGUAAACGGGGUGCAGCAGGGUCUCGUAUUCCCCGUGCCACAAAGAAAACCCGAUCUUCGACCAGGACGCCACUUAAAACUCCCAGCAAGAAGGUCACCCCUAGUACCACAAGGACACCUCGACAUGCCACACCAAGUAUCCCUAACCGGUCCUUACCAGCAAGACAGCCUGGUAAUGUUUUGGAGGAAGCCAGAGCAAGGCUGCAUGUGUCUGCAGUGCCCGAGUCUCUGCCUUGCCGCGAACAGGAAUUUCAGGACAUCUACAACUUUGUGGAGAGCAAGAUCAUUGAUGGCACUGGAGGGUGCAUGUACAUCUCUGGUGUCCCAGGCACAGGGAAGACCGCUACAGUACAUGAGGUGAUGCGCAGCCUGCAGCAUGCCGCAGACAUCGAUGAGAUUCCUUCCUUUCAUUUCAUUGAAAUCAACGGCAUGAAGAUGACAGACCCUCAUCAGGCUUAUGUGCAGAUCCUACAGAAAUUAACUGGACAGAAGGCCACAGCCGACCAUGCUGCUGCGCUGUUAGAACGAAAGUUCAGCAAUCCUGCACCCAAGAAGAUGACUACCGUGCUUCUGGUGGAUGAGCUUGAUCUUUUAUGGACCAGAAAGCAGAACGUGAUGUACAACUUGUUUGAUUGGCCAACACGGCGCCAAGCUCGCCUUGUAGUCCUGACUAUCGCCAACACCAUGGACCUGCCAGAGAGGAUCAUGAUCAACAGGGUGGCAAGCAGACUGGGCCUUACUAGGAUGUCAUUCCAGCCAUACACCUUUAAACAGCUACAACAGAUUAUCAUGUCCAGACUGAACAAGGUCAAAGCCUUUGAGGAGGAUGCUCUUCAGUUGGUCUCCAGAAAGGUCGCUGCAUUAUCAGGUGAUGCUCGUCGCUGUUUGGAUAUUUGUCGCCGAGCGACUGAGAUCUGUGAACACUCUGCCUCCAGCCGUACUAACACUGGAUUAGUGGGAAUGAGUCAUGUGAUGCAGGCACUGGAUGAGAUGUUCUCCUCAGCAUAUAUCACUGCCAUCAGGUGUGCGUCGGUUCACGAACAACUCUUUCUGAGAGCAGUCAUUGCAGAGUUUCGGCGAUUGGGAUUGGAGGAGGCCACUUUCCAGCAGGUGUUUGUGCAGCACCAGGCACUGUGUAGGGUGGAGGGCCUGAAGCCUAUCAGUGUUUCAGAGGGUCUUGCAGUUUGUCAGCGGCUAGGAGGCUGCCGCUUAUUGCUGCUAGAGCCUAGCCACCUAGGAAUUCUGCAACGUGUCCGUCUCAAUGUCAGCCAGGACGACGUACUCUAUGCUCUCAAGGCUGACUGAAGAAGCCUCACUGUUCCAAGGGCAGUUUACA